GUCGCCGUCCGAGUCCCCAGCAGCCAGCCCAAAAGGAGGAAAGAAUCGCGACAAGACCGCGGAGAAGACACGGACGAACGGAUCGCAAAAUUUUCACACUUCGCCGUCCUUGUUCCUUGUAAAAAAAGACCGCGUCGGAACCGCGUGAAUUUUCGGUGUUUUGUUCCGUAAUCGGGUGGUGAAAAACAGAGUGCGUGUGUGUGAGCGCGAAAAGUGUCCCUGCCGGAUUGCCGGAAGAAAAGAACCCUUGCCAGAGCGAAGAAUAAAGGCGACCGAGAAAGAGACAGAGCAGUGUGGGUUAAAAUGUGCGAACAAUUGGCCAGACUGCACGGGUGCAACAUCCUCAUCAUCGGUGACAAUGACUGCCUGGUCAAUAAAUAUGGCCACAGCGUGACGAUUGCCUGUGGGUAUGACCCGCAGGGUAUGAGCGUCCGGAUCCUGAAGGAGGGAGGAGGUGGUGGUGGUGGCGGUGGCCAGCAACUCGAAGAGUACCCGGUGAAUGCGAAAACGACGCACCUGAACCAUGGCCACACAUCACACGUCGUCGUUGCCGGCGGGGAGAUGCUUUACCUGAAGUUUGCCUCCAAAGCCGACUGCCAGCUGUUCCGGUCGCUGCUGCAGAAAAUGUCCGGCAAGGUCAACUCAGUAUUCAACCUCCGCACGGAGGACUCGUCAGCAUCACAGUAUUUCCAGUUCUACGGCUAUCUGUCCCAGCAGCAGAACAUGAUGCAGGACUUUGUCCGGACCAGCACCUACCAGCGGGCCAUCUACAGCAACUCGCAGGACUUCCACAACAAGAUCGUGCUGGACGUCGGCGCUGGCUCGGGCAUUCUAUCGUUUUUCGCCGUUCAAGCUGGUGCCGCCAAGGUUUACGCCGUCGAGGCCAGCAACAUGGCCCAGUACGCCCAGCAGCUGGUGCACUCGAACAAUCUGAACGGCAAGAUUACGGUGAUUGCCGGCAAGAUCGAGGAGAUUGAGCUGCCCGAAAUGGUGGACGUCAUCAUCUCGGAACCGAUGGGCUACAUGCUGUACAACGAGCGCAUGCUGGAGACUUAUUUGCACGGCAAAAAGUGGCUCAAGCCGGAGGGCAAGAUGUUCCCGUCGCGGGGAGAUUUGCACGUUGCGCCGUUCACGGACGAGGCACUCUACAUGGAGCAGUACAACAAGGCAAACUUUUGGAUGCAGUCCGAGUUCCACGGCGUUAACUUGGUGUCCCUGCGGGAUGCGGCCAUGAAGGAGUACUUCCGGCAGCCGAUCGUGGACACGUUUGACAUACGCAUUUGCAUGGCGAAAUCGAUCCGACACACGACCAACUUUUUGACCGCCGACGAGAAGGACUUGCAUCGCAUCGCGAUUGACGUCGAGUUCCACAUUCUGGAGACGGGAACGUGCCACGGGUUGGCCUUCUGGUUCGAUGUGGAGUUUGCUGGCUCGUGCUCGCAGAUUUGGCUGUCGACCGCACCGACGGAGUCUCUCACCCAUUGGUACCAGGUGCGUUGCCUGCUGCAAACGCCCAUUUUCGUCAAGCAAGGCCAGGUCCUGUCCGGUAAGGUCGUUCUGGCAGCUAAUCAAAGACAAAGCUAUGACGUUGAAAUCGACAUGAAGCUGGAGGGCACGAUGAUCACCUCCUGCAACACGCUAGAUCUUAAGAAUCCGUACUUCCGAUAUACCGGUGCUCCCGUUCCGGCACCGCCAGGCUCUAACACCACAUCACCAAGCGAAGCGUACUGGGGUCAACUCGAUGCUCAAGGUGCUCGAAAUGCAGUAAAUCUCGUAAAUGGCAUCACCGUCAAUGGCCUUGGCGAGGUUGACAUGUCCAUUAUCAACAGCAACAUGAUGCCGAUGGGCAACCAACCGAACAUUCAUCCCGGACUCAUCUCCAGCACCGGCCGGCAGCAGUCCCAGCAACAGCAGGUCACGCCCUCCCAGCAGCUGACGAUGAAUCCGACGAUCGCCUGCGCGGCCACUUCGACCCAGAAUGUCGCCCAGCAGCAGCUCAUCGGGGGUGCUAUUUCGCCGUCCCUCUUCACGACACCAACCCAGCAGAUUAUCAACAGCCACCAUGCUCAACCGAUCCAUGGUGGACAGUUUUACUAAACAUAAAGCAUCUUAUUAUUAUUACUCUCCAAAAGCAAAAAAAAAAACAGCAAAUGCAUUUCCAAGCACCGGACUGUAGCGGAACUUCCACACACAUACACACGUACACACAAACAACACACAGCACUCACAAACGCUUUAUUUUCAUUUUUGUCGUCGUAAGUUCACAGCGCUACUCUUAUUAAUUAUACAUAAAAUAUUAUUUAAUUUGUAUACCUUACACACUUUUUACUGAGAUUGACCGAGCAGACAAGUGCGCACACAAACAAACAAACACACUCACAUGUCCUGCGGCCGCCCUGCCUGCCCCUCCCCCCUCCAAACUAGACUUUAUAUUACAAGGUAGCAAGCUUUUAUUUUCAAAAGUUAAGUUCACUUUUUCUCUGUAACUUUCUAGUUUGUAAUAGAUUUUUCAAUUAAAAUUAUGUCUCCGAAACAUCGACCAGCGAAAAACAUACUCAAAAAAAUAA